GACACAAUCACCCCCUCUUAUCUUAUCCCCCAAAGUUUUAUUUAUAUCGGUGCCACACAUCCGCAAAGUCAGCAACACGUACUGCAAGUCCUCAACGCUUACACCCUCCACCUAGCUACCUGAACCCAGCCGCCAUACUAUGGGAAAUAGCCCGUCUAAAGAUGAUCCUCUGCCGACACCUUUGUCCGCAAACUCAGCCGCCACAGGCGGCUUAAUCUCGACAGGAGAAGUUGACCAGGAUGACUCUCCAGGGGCUGCGCUAUCGCGGUUAGGUUCCGCAAAGUCGGGACCACGGGUCAGAACGAAAGUUCUGGCCAUUCGGAUUGAUACACAUCAAUCUGGCAUUCCUCGUACGGACACAAGUACUCUUGAUGUUCGCGCGGUGAAUGUCUCUACAAAGAGUGAACACAAAACCUAUAAAAGUAGUAGUAAUAGUAGUAAGAACAAACGCUCUGGUGUCAAGGGGAGUCCAGAUCUUGACUUGGACCUUGAGAUAGGUGCCUCUAUGGCGCGUCUCUUGACAUCUUCGUCUUCCACGUCUCCUCAAGAACUCCACUAUACGGCAACUUCGGUACGUACUAGUAUUGGUAAUUUGGCCACCUUGGGAUCUUCGGUUGAUAGUGAAAAAUCUGGCACUUCGCCAAUUUUCACUGUUAAUGAUGAUUCGAAUCUGUCGCUUAGCCUGUACUCUCUUCCGGAAGAUGAAAAGAAAGAUGACCUUUUGAUUCUGGAACUUGAUCCAAUUGUUGAAUAUUCUGUGGAAUCUACUCCAGAGCCUUCGACAUUAACGAUAAAGUCCUCAAGUGUCAAAAAAUCUAGCUCUUCCAAGACGAAGUCUUCUGGAAGGCCUCCAUAUUCUUCUUCCAAUUCUUCAUCUCUGUCGUCGAUUGUGACACCUUUGGUUAUGAAACAAGGGCUGAUGGUCAACAUAGACUUGGUCAUUGAUAAAUUGUUGGAGAUUGGAAUGAAAAAUAACUCUGGAGGUUCUUCAUCGUCUUCUAAGAAGAAAAAGGCUAAGAUUUGGCAACUGUCCCGAGACCAAUUACCCCUUGAUUCAAAUGAAAUUAAGUAUAUUUUACAAAAAUCACGGUCUAUUUUUCUUGAACAACCAACCCUUUUAAGACUUUCUCCACCGGUGAAGAUUGUUGGUGAUAUACAUGGACAAUUCCAUGAUCUAAUUCGUAUAUUCAAUGCAUGUGGGUAUCCUCCAUAUACAAAUUAUCUUUUCUUGGGUGAUUAUGUCGAUAGGGGAUACAAAUCAUUGGAAACCAUGCUUUUACUUUUAUGCUAUAAGAUCAAGUAUCCCGAGAACUUUUUCAUGCUCAGAGGGAAUCAUGAAAGUGCAAAUAUCACCAAAAUUUAUGGAUUCUAUGAUGAAUGUAAAAGAAGAUUGAGUAAUCCUAAAUUAUGGAAAUCCUUCAUUGAUGUAUUCAACACGUUGCCCAUCGCAGCAACCAUCAAUGAUAAGAUCUUUUGUAUUCAUGGUGGAUUAUCUCCGGAGUUGGAUGACUUGAAUCAAAUAGAAGCUAUCAAACGACCUACUGAUAUUCCUGAUAGGGGAUUACUUGCUGAUUUACUUUGGUCUGAUCCAGAUCCAUCCAUCAAGAAUUUUUCUAUAUCCAACUGGCCCAAAAAUGAUCGUGGAGUGUCAUAUUGUUUCGGUAAGAAACAUGUUGAAUACUUUUGUCUGAAAUUCAAUUUAGAUUUAAUUGUUCGAGGUCAUAUGGUUGUGGAGGAUGGAUAUGAAUUUUUCAGCAAGAGAAAGCUUGUGACUAUUUUUUCUGCACCCAACUAUUGUGGGGAGUUUGAUAAUUUUGGAGCUGUCAUGAGUGUUGAUAAACGAUUAUGCUGUAGUUUUGAGCUUUUGAAACCACAGUGAUACUUGUAAAAUUACCUUUACUACUAAUUAUUUUUAUUACUUUUGUGCCUAUGUCGCCCUUUGUUCGAUGGUUAUCAAUCUAGCAAACGUUUAUUGUUUGGAUGAUUACAUGAUACCUUUACUUCGUUAGAUAUGAACUUAGUUCAUAGAUUUUUUGGGCAAUUUAUAUUGAAUAUAUAUACUACGAGAAGAUU